AUGUGGCUCAACCCCCCGUCGCGGGGCCCCGCCAUCCCUUCCGGGAUCGUGCGCCUUUUGGUUUUGUUCCCAGCCUUCCUGGCCCUUUUCUGCUUGCUGCUUCAGGUGCAGAAACGGUCUGUCGAUGCCGAAUUCGGCGUGGCUGGCUCAGGACAGCUUGUGCGCAACCCAAGUCUGCAGGCUGAUUUGGGCGAUGAGCCGGAAAAGUCGCUGCCAUCUGAAAUGGAGGACUUGGUACGUGAAAUGAACUCGAUUGCUCAGCUAACUGGGGGCAUCAAACAGGGAUCCAAGUUGGCCAUCGCCACUACCACGGCUGCUGGACUGGACACCAUAAAGGUGUGGAUGCGCUACCACAAGACCAUUGGUGUCUCGAUGUUCUAUCUCUUCUUGAAUGGCCAAGUGAACCAUGAGCCAGCAAUAAAGGAACUCAAUCGGUGGAGUGGAGUCAAGCUCUUUCCUAACGAUGAAAAGUUGAAGCACAGGCAUGCCCACAGUCGGGCAUGGAAUGAGACGUGGCUGUCUGCCUUCUUCAACAAGCCAUGUAACAACGAGCUCUUUGUGAUGCAAAGCUUGAACAUGGAAGUUGCAAUUAUGCAAGCCAGAGAGGACGGAGUAGAUUGGAUUUUUCACCUUGACACAGAUGAGUUGCUGUAUCCAGGAGGCACUGAAACAUUCAGCAUACAGGAGUAUAUGGAUGGGCUGGACCAUGAUGUCGAUGCCGUUGUGUUCCCCAAUUAUGAGGGCCUAGCUGAGACAGAUGACAUCACCAACCCCUUCACUGAAGUAACUCUUUUCAAGCGAAACUUUGCCCACGUCAAUUCAGAACAGUACUUCAAGAAAUACAAGAUGGUUGCAAGGGGCAAUCCAAACUAUUUCACAACAUACGGCAACGGCAAGUCUGCGGGGAAGAUUCAGCCACACUUGAGAUCCAAUGGGGCGCAUCGGUGGUACAUAUAUGGGAAGAAGCCAAAGGAGAUUACCUCCACAGAGCCCACGGUACUGCAUUAUGUCUACAACAAAUAUGCUGACCUCAAAGGCAGGCGAGACCGGUGCGAUUGUGCCCCCACUGACGAGGAUGUUAAACGGUGUUUUAUUCUUCCAUUUGACAGAGAGGCCUUUCUUGCAAGCUCUCUGAAGGAAGACGAGGAGCUUCGGCAAUACUUCAGGGAGAGACUUGUGUGGAGUGAGCGCGAUAACGUUAGGGAACUCCUUAAAUCUGGCCUAGUGGUGCGCAUCCACACGCCCCAGUUGUUAACACAAAUGUACAGCAAAAUGCCAGACGCUGGCCUCAUUCUUGCAGAGCCAGGAGAAUCGAAGACCACUGUUAUGGACGCUUACCAAAUGCCGGUAGAAGAAUGA